CCUCAGAUGAGGUUCAUUGCUUCUCAUCAGUCACGUGGUUUUCCUCAGUGAAAGCUCCUUUGCCUUCCUGCGGCUCCUCGGCUCAGCCCAGCGAUGUUGAGGCUGAGAUGUAAGAUGCAACUCCAGAGGGGCCCGCUAGUAUAGAGGCAAAGUUAUGGCACGGCCGUCCUCGGAGGAAAAGGUCCUGCAGCAGCUCCUCUCUGCCAAAAAGUCCAUCACCGGCGACGCGCACGCAUUUCUGGGACGCACCACACCGGAGCGAGAAGCCCCCACAUUACGCACCAAAUUAAACUAAUUGAAUUCUGGGGACAGAAGCGAGUCGAGGGUAGAAGGAGAAUUCAGCAGCAUUUGACUGGAGUUGAGUGAGGGGCUGCGAUGCAACAGGCCUGAGUGAAGAGGAGAUCACCUCUGGAUCACAGCCUGCCACAGUGCUAAGCUAAUCUUGAUGCAGCCAUAGUUCCAAGUGCCCUUCCUCCAACCUGAAGAUGACACUUAGAGAAUAGGAGUUCUGACUUUAUUCUUCACCUCUGCAGCCUGCAGGCAGUACGACCAAAACUGUAAAACAGUGAAACCAAGGCAGCCAUGAACCUGUUCAGGAAGGACGCCAUUUGCUCAAAGAAGGAGAAGGAUAAAGAGAUCCAGUACGAGGAACCUCCAGAUGGAGGUUGGGGCUGGAUGGUGGUGCUGCAUUGCUUCCUGGUAAAUGUCCUAGUGAUGGGAACACUGAAGAGCUUUGGGAUCUUCUUUGUGGCUUUCCAAGACGACUUUGGAGGCUCGUCAGAGAGCAUCAGCUGGAUUGGUUCCAUCAUGUCAAGCAUGCGGCUGUCUGGAGCACCCAUGGCCUCUGUGGCGUGUGCCAAGUUUGGAACCCGGACGACCUCCAUCACUGGGGCGUUGCUGGUCAGCGGAGGCUUCAUCAUGAGUAUUGCCGCAAGCAGCGUAGUGUUCCUCUACGUCAGCAUGGGAGUGAUAGUUGGGAUGGGUUUCGCACUGCUAUACCAGUCCUUCUCAGUGGUCACAGCUCUGUACUUUCGAAAGAGGUUAGCAACGGCGUAUGCGAUUGGACGUUCUGGGAUGGGUUUGACCUUUGCCCUUGCCCCAUUUACUCAGCUGCUCCUGGACCUAUAUGCCUGGCAAGGGGCGAUGCUGAUUCUUGGAGGUCUAAUGCUGAACCUGGUGGCCUCUGGGAUGCUUCUGCGACCAAUCAAUGUAAAGCCUCCUGUACCAAACGCUACCUCUUCCCCCACCCAAAAGAGCCCUGCUGUUUCCCUCAAGAGCUCCUUAGAGAAGGAAUACACCAAGAGCUGCUUGAACGGCUCCUCUCACUUAUCCAAUGGCAUCGCCAAAUCAGACUCAUCCCCUUCCCUUCCUCCCCCUCACAGGGACACUGAGAACCUGGGGGGCCAAUGUACUCAGGGACCUGAGGACCAGUCAGUGACACCUGAACUGACCAGACUAGUCCUCAGUGGUGUGAAUGGCCACGAGCCUUACCAAGACUCGGUUCAGUGUAAACCCAUCACUCCGGACAGCUCAGCCGAGCACAAUGGCGGCAUGAAUGGGUCCACCAUUGUUGGACAUCCCUCGCAUGCCAGCACACCCAGCGAGGUGGCCGUCGUACAAACCAAAGUACUGGAUUUUUCCCUGCUAAAGGACCCGUUCUUUUGCAUCUACACUUGGUCCGUGGUCUUCAGCCAGCUGGCCUACUUCAUCCCUUAUUUCCACCUGUCUGCCCGAGCCAGAACCCUGGGCAUCGAUGCCAUGGAUGCUUCAUUUAUCAUCUCUGUGGCAGGUAUCACAGAGACCAUCGCCCAGCUAGCCUCAGGCUGGGUGACAGACAGGAACCUGUUUCAUAAAUACCACUACCACAAAACCUACCUGAUCCUCUGUGGCCUGGUCAACCUGCUGUCGCCGCUCGCAGACACCUACAUCCUGCUCAUGGUCUACGCCAUCUUCUUUGCCAUCUUCUGUGGCGGCUACAUGGCGCUGCUGCUGCCUGUUCUAGUGGAUCUCGUGGGGGCAGAGAAACUCAACAACUCCAUGGGCUUCUCCAUGUUCUUUGUCGGCCUGGGCUGCCUCACGGGGCCUCCUUUAGCCGGGUUCCUUUACGACUACACUCAGACUUACGACUGUUCUUUCUACCUGGCCGGGCUCUGCUACCUGCUCUCCUCCCUCUCCCUGUUCUUGGAGCCGCUGGCUCAGCGCUGGAAGGCCAAGAAGGACCUGGCCCUGGCCAAGACGGCAGAAAGCAGCUGCAAGACAAAUGGCUGCUUCACCCUGGAGCGCCUGCAGAACGGCGUUGUGUAAGAAUGACACCCAGGGAGAGCCUUGCAGUGGGCCUGCCAACCUUGGACCAUGGACUGCAACUUAAAGUUGGAACCUAAGUGACUCUUAAUGUCUGCAAGAGAGUUACAUAGGCUGGGGGGGAGGGGGAUAUGACCACAGUAGCAUGAUUUUUAAGAGAGUACGGUAGUAUGGACAUUAUUAGAUUAUUGUGUUGAACUUUUAAAAUGCCAACAUUUUACUGUAAAACUGCAAAAUAUUAUACUCCCCAUCUUUAUAUUAUCAGAGGUGUAUGCAUCCCAACCGAGAACAACCCCCUACAGACCACAGCCAGCAUGUUAGCAGCUAAGCAGCCACGACUUACUGAAACAUGAUCUGUUUUUCUAAUACAACAGCUUUGCAGUAACAUCUCGUAGCUGGAAACUAAGCUAUGCAGUUGAGCUUGACUUCCUGUUUUCAAUACAUUUUUCUGCGACGACAUUAAUGCAAGCACAUAUCCACAAGGGGAGGCUUUUCACCUGACCUCCUUGAAAGCCUUUUCCUGUGUCUGUACACCUUUACUCACUGAUAUGCACUUUGGGGCCAGGUUGUGAUCAUGCUGCAUGACAUUUCCUCUGACCUUUUACUUCCAGAUAUUUGAGAUACUGAACAACAACGUAAUUGCAGCCUGUCUCUAAAGACACGAUGUGUAAUUUGCUCCAUACAGAUCCACAAAAAAGAAAGAAAAAGAUUCUCUUAACCCAAACAAAUGUUUGUUGGCACAAGAGUAGAUUGUAUGGCAAACACUUAUUGAUCAGUUCAUUUCACAUUGACACAUCAUUCAGACUUGGCAUUUUUUUAUAUCUUACAACCCAUACAUACUCAUUCAUACCUUCAGCUCUUUCAUACCUUUUACAGUUUUACUGGAAGUUGAAGUUUUAUUCUUUUUUUUGGAGAUUUUUUGAAACUAUAAUGGCUGGUGACACUGAUCUGUGCACCCAAGGGAAAGGGCUUUACAGUUUUUCUGAACGGCCAAAACACUGAACCCUGUUCUCCAAACAAAACUGUCAACUGGAAAAACAACUUUAUCGAACCGAUGACUUAGUUGGCAGGAAUGUUCAGAUAUCUAACAAUAAAUAUUUUUCUGUAAUUUUACAGUAAAGAUCUGCUCAGAGUGCAGUGUUUUGCAUUUAUUUGUGUAGUGUGUAAUUAUUGCUGAGUCGUGUUUAUGCAUUAGCUGGCUUUCUUUGUUAUUUGAUGGCAAUGUUUGGUUCUGGGUAAAUAGUUUUGAAUCAAUUGUUUGAUUUUGCAAGACAAGUCAAACGCUUUGUGAGUGGAGCUUGAAUUUUUGUGUUUGUGUUUACUAUUGAUAAUUGGAGAGGAGGUUUCAGUAAAUUUGUUUUAACAAUUCAGAGAAACUGUAACAUAACGUUUUAACCCUUCAACCCUUUCAAAACCCCGUAAUAUAAACUGACUUAUCUCUCACCCCUGAACUGAGAGCUCAGCUACUUUCGGAGUCCGUGCUGACAUGUUGGACACACCUAUAUGGAAACUGCUCACAGUGCACAUGCUUCAACUGCACGUUCACUUAAGAUGAAAUUCCAACAGCUUUAAAAUCAACACUGGAAUGUCAAAGUUUGACAUACCAGCUGAAACAUGUUCCGGUUGGUUUCAUACAAUGUCAUUUAAACUGCUCACAAAAGGAGCUGACAUCUGCUUAAACUCGGUUAAGCGCAUAACUCCGCCAAUAUAUGCCUUUCAAUUGAUUCCAUGGGAAAUCAGUGAAAAUAUCAUAAAAUUGUAUCCAACAAUGUUACAGAAAACUAAAUCCUGGAUCCGGUCCCUGAUCUGGAUCUGACCCAAACUUAAAUGGGUUCUUCCCUGAGUGGUACCACAUCUUUCCACCAAGUUUCAAGCAAAUCUGCUCAGUUGUCUUUGUGUAAUCUUCAACUCAAACAAAACACCACCGGACAGGGGUGAGAACAUAACCUCCUUGGGAGAGGUAAUGCAAACUCUGCUGCUGACACCUGCGCUGCUUUCAGUACUUCAACCAACCCUUCAGCUCCUUACACCACAUUUAACCCCUUUUUAACCUGUUUACACUCAUUGCAUUGGCAAUUUUCUACACAGAUGAGCUCACUUUAUUUCGCUUAGAAAUGUUGAUAUUAAAUUAAAACCUCAGUGAUGACCUUUUUAAAUGCUGCAACUAGAAACUGCUGCUUUGGUGGGUCACAAUAAUAAGCAUUUAAAAUGGUAUGUGGUAGUACCUGCUGUUAAGAAAACACUCACGCCCUGCUCGUCGUCGCCUGUAAGCCGUUCUAUGCAAACACACACAGAGCAGGAUUUACAUUUGACCACCCCGCCUAUACGCACAGUCAUUUUAACCUAAGCAAAGGUUACAGCUCUUUUAAUGUUUCCUGAACAUACGAAUCACAAAGAGAGCUGAUGGAGCUGAUGGAGCUGUUGUACGCUGAACAGCCGGAGCUUCUGUGUGAUCAAGUGUCAUUUUUAUCAACUUUUUAUGUCUGUAAAUCUCUGACCAAGUGUGUUACAAAGAUGUUUUGCCAAUGUCGCCCGUAAAAAUGCAAGGGCCCACCACACUGACUGUUGCCCAGCCUUUACAGUGCCUGCAAGCAGCCAAUUAAUGGCAAUGCAACAUAUUAUUUUAUUUUGUUUAUACAUGGGAGUGUAUUGGUUGUUGAAUCUUUUUUUUAAUAUAUAUAGUAGAGGUUUUUGUUUUUUCAGGGGGUUCCUUGUUUUUCACCGGUUUGCCUUACAGGGUACUGUGCUGUAUCUUUAUUAACUUCCUGUGAUGUCAGUCAAAGACACAUUAGAAACCUUUCGACAACUUGAAGCUCAUGAGUGAUGAGAUGGACAGCGUGUAUAAUUUAGACCACUAUGACCAUCCAUUAUUCAGUCAUUUCCCAGUCUUGAUUAUGGAUGGCCCAGAAUCCAGAGAUGGACAUGUGUUUUGUUAUGCUGCCCUCUUAUGGCAGGGGAAUGCAUCUACUCAAAGAAUGCUGUGUCAAUUAGUACCAAGUUAUUCCCCCUCAACUCACUUUCACAAUACUGAGCAAGGCUCUUUGUAUUGUUUCAAUAACAACAGUCAUGCACAAAAGCUCUUUAGCCUCACGGGUUGCAUUCACCACCAGUAUGCUAUCAGGAUUUAGGGCCUCUGUAUAUUUUGUACCAUAAUAAAUCUUUUAUGAAAUGUAUUUGAUGCUUUAAAAAGGUAGAUUCCGUUUGGAAUUACUUUACUUGAUAGUUAUCUGGGUAUGGCAAGGAACUGUAUCUUUAAGAAAUACUUUUUAUGGCUCUUUGGUAAUGUCUCAAACCUCCCUGGUAAGGAAGUGAGUUCUGUUCAAUGAUGUUGGAUGUUCUCGUUGCAGCGGAUGCAUUCAUGGGUGAAGCACUGUUUUGUUACAACUCUUUUCUCCUGGAUUUGCAAACUGAGUUUAGAACAUAUGCUUAACGAAUCAUAGAUAUCGUUUUCCAAGCCUUGUAACAGUGCCAACUCAGCUCUAAUAAACUGACGCGUAACUCAGUC